ACAUAAUAUUUACAAACGACCGGAUAAUCAUGCUUGUAUACUACUAUGGCAUCAGUAUGAUUUUCCUUGGAUCAUGUUUCUUUGUAUCCAAACAACAUAUCGUUACCACUGAAAAGCAAUUAAGUUGGGUGUUGACCUUUACAAGCAGUUUGAUUUGUUCUUUUUGUUCAUUACCCAAUCUUUAUCAUUUUUGGCAAAGUGGAUAUGAUAUGCAUUGGCUUACUUUAAACACUCAACAGGAUAUCGCCUUGGUUUGUUUCUUCCAGGUUUAUCUUGCCAUGGAUCUUGGUUUGGGAAGACGUUAUUAUCGACAAAGGAUCAAUUGGGUGACUGGUUACUUGCAUCAUAGUGUUUAUCUUGUUCUAUUGACUUGGUUCUUGAAAUGUCGUAUUCCUUCUUUCUUUGUCGCUGCAUCUGUACUUGAAGUACCCACCUUGAUCUUGGCUCUUGGCUCUAUUCAUCCACCUUGGCGAUCUGAUCGUUUGUUUGCCUUCACUUUCUUUUGUCUCCGUUUAGUUCUUCAUACCGUCAUGAUUCGUUUGCUCAAACAUCAUCAUCAUGUUAGAUCUCUAUGGUGCAUUGCUUUGGCCAUUUUGCCAUUACAUCUUUAUUGGUUUUAUGGUAUCAUCCAUUUACAGGCUCGUAAAUACAGACAUAAACAUAAUACCACUACCAUCACAUUGUUAACUUCACUGAAGAGUCAACCUACAUCUACCAUAAGCAUCCCAAGUGAAGCUAUUCAAGAAGUAUGUUUCCUUGUCAAAUGAAUUUCUUUCUCUCUCUUUUUACUAUAUCCAAGAAUCAGGCUUUUUAUCGAUCGAUGAAUCCAUGCAUGAUGAUCAACCAUAUGGUCCUUUCUUUUAGUUCCUAUUACAUAUUGGGAGAGGGGGAAUAUUACUGGUUGACUCUGUACUAUCUUUUUUAAUCUAUCUAAUUAUUUUAUACAUACAGAACUCCCCUUCCAUCUAGAUUAUUUAUUUCUAUGACUGUAUAUAUUUUAUAUUCCUAUGUAUUAUGAUAAAUCGUUUCAUUCAGAUGAAAUAUUACAAAUAUAUCCCUUGCAUGAAUCAAAUCAUUUCGCCUUCUCAAACACAUAGAACACA